AAGAAGAAAGUAAUUAUCUGAAAAGCCCUGAUAUUGUCCUAAAAGAUGAACAUAAAACUUUCAAAUUUCAUAUAAUUAAAGAAGAUGUAUAUCCACCAAAGAAUAAACUUAAAUAUACUCAGCACCCUGCAAAGUAUCCUAUACCCCAUAAUUAUGUUGUUCGAACCAUGUAUUCAAAAAAAAAAUAUAUUGUUGAGUGCUUGAUAGUUUAUAUUGAUGAUAAACUAUUAUAUCAAAUAUACUUUGGAGAGUAUUUAGACAAGCUUGUAGAGUUGGAUCAGUCAACUUCACAUGCUGCACAAUUAUAUUGUGAGGCUUUGGUUAAAGAUAUUCAAAACAAUAAACAAGUAGAAUCCAAAAGCAGACUCUCUGAACCCCUUCUUUUUGGCUUAUGCUAUAAAAGUGUAGAGGCAGUUUGUAAAAUAGUAACAUCAAAUGAGUUAGAAGUAUAUAGGUCUUUGGCUAGACUUGAUGAAAUGCUAAUUAGAGCUGGAGCAGUUUAUAAUAUGAGACAAGAAAUAACAAAUAGAGUAAAUGAAAAAAUUCCUAUUAGUUUA